CAAAAGAAAGGAAAAAGAAAUCCAAGAAAACAAAAGGUACAGGGGAGAGCCAGACAAAGGAAAAAUACUGUGGAAGCCAGAGAAAGAAAGAAAAAUGCAAAUAAAGGAUAUGGGAGCUGUAGGUGUUGCCUGUAGAGGAAGAGAAGGGGAUAUUAAUAGUAGGAGCAGAGAGAGAACAGAGGAGUAGUUUCUCUCUCUCUCGAGCUCAUUCUUACAUGCCCACCAGGAAAACCCACUGAAGCCACUAAUCAUCAUGAAACACCCUCUGCACCCAGCACUCUCAAAAAGUAUUAUCUCUCUCCAUCAAAACCUUCCUUCCCUUAAAUUUACCUCUCUUAACAUCACAUAUCUCUCAACCAGAAUCCCCACAUCCCCAUAACCAUGAAACCUCCUUUCCUUUUCCGUCUAACAUUUUCCUUCUUCUACUUACUUCAAACAUUCCUACUAGUCCUCUCUGCCACAGCUCUGCCUCUUCAACUCCGCGCUCUACUUUCCCUCAAAUUAUCCCUCCGAGAUCCUCUUGAUACCUUCCAUGACUGGGAUCCCACCCGACCAUCUUCCAAGCCUAGUUUCCGAGGCCCAGUUUGGUGUUCCUGGUCUGGCAUCAAAUGCGACCCUGGAACUGCUCAAAUCAUAACGCUUGAUCUCUCUUGCCGAAGUCUUUCUGGUGUGAUUCCUGAUGAAAUCCGGCACUUAAACAGCUUAAUUCACUUGAAUUUGAGCUUAAAUGCUUUUAUGGGGCCUCUACAACCAGUCAUCUUUGAACUGACUGAGCUCAGAACUAUUGAUAUCAGCCACAACAAUUUCAAUUCCACAUUUCCACCUGGGAUUUCCAAGCUCAAGUCCCUAAGAGUCUUCCAUGCAUACAGCAACAAUUUCACCGGUCCAUUGCCAAAAGAGUUCAGCUCGCUUCGCUUCUUGGAGCGGCUCAACCUCACCGGAAGCUUUUUUCAAGGAGAGAUUCCCACGGAAUAUGGUAGUUUUCCAAGAUUGAAGUUUCUGGGCUUAGCUGGAAAUUUGUUAGAAGGGCCCGUCCCACCCCAAUUAGGAUCCUUGAGCCUGCUUGAGCGGAUGGAGAUUGGAUACAACAGUAUGUUAACAGGAAAAGUACCAGAGGAGCUUGCAUUGUUAUCCAAUCUCCAGUACCUGGAUAUCUCAGGAUGUUCUCUCUCGGGUAAUCUCACACAGGAACUUGGAAAUCUAACGAAACUCGAAAUGCUGUUACUUUUCCAAAACCAGUUUACUGGUGAAAUCCCGGUGAGUUUUUCAAAUUUCAAAGCUCUAAAGGUUCUUGAUUUGUCUGAUAAUCGACUUACGGGCAAGAUUCCAGUAGAAAUUUCUUCUUUGAAAGAGCUAACAAGAGUGAGCUUGAUGAAAAAUCAAUUCAGUGGCGAAAUACCGGAAGGAAUUGGUGAGCUGCCAAAUCUUAACGCUCUGUAUCUCUGGAACAACUCUCUCACGGGAAUUCUCCCGCAAAAACUCGGCUCGAACUGCAAGUUACAGUGGCUGGACGUGUCCUCCAACUCUCUACAUGGUCCAAUCCCUCCAAGUCUUUGUCAAGGAAACAAGCUAUUAAAGCUCAUACUCUUCUCCAACAAGUUUAUUGGAGGUCUGCCAGAAUCGCUAGCAAACUGUACGUCUUUGUGCAGGGUCCGAAUCCAAGACAAUCAACUUAACGGUUCAAUCCCAUACGGCUUCGGGCACUUGCGGAAUCUAACCUACAUGGACCUGAGCAAGAAUAGCCUCUCGGGCGAAAUUCCUCACGACCUUGGCAAUGCACCGCAGCUACAGUACUUAAACAUCUCCGAGAACUCUUUGCACAGCAAAUUGCCAAGUAACAUAUGGAGCGCACCGAAUUUACAAAUAUUUUCGGCCAGUUCAAGUAAACUCACCGGAAAAAUCCCUGAUUUUAUCGGGUGUAGCAGCGUGUAUAAGAUCGAAUUGCAGGAUAAUUCGUUCAACGGUGGCAUUCCUUGGGACAUUGGACACUGCGAGAAGCUUAUUAACUUGAAUUUGAGCCGCAAUUCCCUCACCGGCAUAAUCCCGUGGGAAAUUUCUACGCUUCCAGCGAUCACUGAUGUCGACAUUUCUUAUAACUUUCUCACGGGCUCAAUCCCUUCAAAUUUCGAGAACUGCACCACUUUAGAGAACUUCAAUGUGUCCUAUAAUCGUUUAAGGGGACCAAUUCCGGGCUCUGGUAUAUUUCCAAACUUGCAUCCGUCGUCCUUUUUAGGCAACGACGGGAUCUGCGGCCGCAUUUUAGCCAAGCCUUGCGCAGCAGACACGCUAUCAGUCGGCGAGGUCGAAGUCCACAGGCGGCAGCAGCCGAAGAAGACCGCAGGGGCGAUCGUAUGGAUCAUGGCUGCCGCGUUUGGUAUUGGGCUAUUCGUGCUGGUUGCCGGAACCAGGUGCUUCCACGCCAAUUAUAACCGCAAGUUCAACAACGAUCGCGAGAUCGGACCGUGGAAAUUAACGGCAUUCCAACGUUUGAAUUUCACGGCUGACGAUGUGCUGGAGUGCUUGUCCAUGACCGAUAAGAUUAUAGGAAUGGGAUCAACUGGCACAGUGUACAAGGCUGAGAUGCCAGGUGGCGAGAUCAUAGCGGUCAAAAAGCUGUGGGGCAAGCACAAGGAAAAUAUCCGACGGAGGAGAGGGGUUCUAGCAGAGGUGGAUGUAUUGGGGAAUGUGAGGCAUAGGAAUAUAGUGAGAUUGUUAGGGUGCUGCAGCAACAGGGAGUGCACUAUGCUUCUUUACGAGUACAUGCCAAAUGGAAAUUUAGAAGAUUUAUUGCAUGGAAAAAAUAAGGGAGAAAAUCUAGUGGCUGACUGGUUUACAAGGCACAAGAUUGCUCUUGGGGUGGCUCAGGGGAUAUGUUAUCUCCACCAUGACUGUGAUCCUGUGAUAGUACAUCGUGAUCUAAAGCCUAGUAACAUUCUAUUGGACGGUGAGAUGGAGGCUAGAGUGGCAGAUUUUGGUGUGGCCAAGUUGAUACAAAGCGACGAGUCCAUGUCUGUAAUUGCCGGAUCUUAUGGUUACAUUGCUCCAGAAUAUGCUUAUACUCUACAAGUAGAUGAGAAGAGUGAUAUUUAUAGUUAUGGAGUGGUGUUAAUGGAGAUUAUUAGCGGGAAAAGAUCAGUUGAUGCUGAGUUUGGGGAUGGUAACAGCAUUGUGGAUUGGGUAAGGUCUAAGAUCAAGACUAAGGAUGGUAUCAAUGACAUUUUGGACAAAAACGCUGGGGCAUCUAUAGCAUCCGUGAGGGAGGAAAUGAUGCAAAUGCUUAGAAUUGCACUUCUAUGCACUAGCCGGAAUCCGGCGGACCGACCCUCGAUGAGGGAUGUUGUCUUGAUGCUGCAAGAAGCCAAGCCUAAGAGGAAAUUGCCUGCAAGUGUAGUUAGCGGUGGAGUUGGGGUUGGUGAUAACUUAGUUACUGGCGCUGGUGCUAUUGCACAAAAGCCUGCUGUGGAAUAUUAAUAUGAUUAUUUUACAUUUACUGGCUUCAUCUUUUUUUUUUUAAAUAUUUCUUUUAUGUUAUUUUUCAAACGGUGGGGGAUUGGUAUAGAAGAAGUGAUUUUUCUUACUUUAUUUCGAAUGAAAAUUUCAAGUGUUCUUGUCCUAAA